AAACAAACAGAAUCUCAUAACAAAUGUGAUGCAACUCAAUUGAUACGGUUAAUGUUUCUCUCCUCUUUAAAUCAUUGUUGAAAAUAUUUUUUAAUAAUUAAAUCACACUUUGCUGCUUAUUUAUUUGAUAAAUUUCAACAUUUACAAGUACAUUCAUUAGUAUAGAUUAUUUUUAAUUGUUGUCAACAUGACUUUAGCAUUAUCAGAUCCUCGUGCGCCACCACCAAGUCCAUGUAUUGGUUCCUUUGAUGAAGAAGCCAUCUCCUGUUCUCCAAUGAACGAAAUCAGAUUCAAUCUUUGCCCACCAUCAAACAUCGAUCCAUCUACACCAAAUACGACAUCCGCAAUGAAUGAAAAUAUUGAUAUUGAUAACUGUACAGUAGAUUCUAUGGAUGUUUCAUCAUCGGUAGCUUCAAGCAAUGAAGUGCAAACAGGGUCAACAAUAUCUGGAAAAUGGACUGAAGAGGAUACCGAUAACUGCGACAAUAUGUUCCUUGUUGAAUCUAGUUUAGGUGAAACCAUCUUUAUAUUUGUUAAAGGUUCCAUUAUUCAAGAAAAAGACUGUAUAACUGGAGAUUUACUCAGAAGCUUUGAUUUGAACAAACUCGAUUAUGCACAAUUCUUAGAUGACGAAGAGCCAAGGUUGAAACUACUGUUCAACAGCAGUGACUCUGAUAAACCUGAAGUUAUCGAAGUUUGUUACACUUUCGAAGAUGAGGAAUCCUUGAGUCGAUUCAAGGAUCAAUUUAUUGCUCCAUUUAUCAACGAAGAGUACCUUGGUAUACCAGUUGGACGUGAAAUAAGGCCGAAGGGAUCAUUAAAGACAUCUAGCGGACCACGGUUAGAGGAAACCAUUGGAUUGAUUUCAUCACGGUCAACAGGCUUCAAUUUCAAUGAUAUCUCAAUAAACUUUUUCGGAACCCAGAUAAGCAUUCCAGUUUUAACCAAGGAAAGGAGUCAUUUCGAUAGCAAUCCAUCGUCAGAUAGUAACAAAAGAGGAGCUAAUUGGACUGAAGAGGAUGUUGAAAACUCAGAGGAUAUGUUCUUAGUUGAAAACAAAGAGAGUAAAACUGUUUUUCUAUUUGUCAAGGACAAUAUUAUUCACGAAAAGGAUUGUGUUACCGGUGAUGUUAAAGUUGACCAUGAUUUAGGGGUUAUAUCUAACGCUAUUUUUCCAGAAGCAGGGAGUAAAAGUUUAGAAAUGAAAUUAUUUUUCGAUUCAAGGGUUCAAAGUAAAAAAGAAGCCCGUUACACUUUCGAAGAUCAAGAGUCGUUCGAUUCAUUCAAGAAACGUUUCAUUCAACCUUCACUAACUCAACGAGCAAAGACCCUACUUCAAGGAAGGAGGCGAUUCGAAUGUUUAAAAUGUGGCUUCUCAGAAGUUGCCGGUCAAAUGCAUGAGAAAGACAAUUCUUGUCCUCAAUGUUCCAGUGUUUUCACUUUUUUCACCAGUGACCAUAAAUGAUACACAAUCUUACCGACUGUUUGGCUUGUUUUGACCUAAAAAAGCAAGAGUAAAGAACUGAUCCGAGUUUCGAUGUAAACUUCUCAUCAUUACAAACCACAAGUUAUUUGGAAACACCAAAAAAACAAUGAAUAUCUCUUUUAAUAUCUUUGUUGAACCAUUUUGCUAACCUACACUUUUAUUUCUCAUUCAAAAUAUCUAAAUCAAAUUUUCAGUUAUAUUUUGCUUUAUUUUACACAUUGUAUCAUUUCCAUGUAGGAAUAGCUCACUUUAUCUGUAUUAUAUACAAAUAUAUUUAUAUCAUUCUCAUCACAUUUGUUUUGUGAAA